UCUAAAAGAACCUUAAGAGAAAACGCGCUUUCACACGCAGGGGGCGGCGGUGGUGAUGCCGUGAGCGCGCGUUCACGUCUCGGUGUAAGUGACAGUUUAGUGUCGCGUAAAAACAGGACGAAAAUGAAUCCUUGGCUCCGGAGUUUCAUCCUGUUCCUCAUCACGUCUGCUGCCAAAGCGCAGUCCUAUUCACCGCCGUAUGAAUCGGACGGACCGUGCAGGAACCGCACUUAUGAAUACCGGGUCCGAAACUACUGCUGCAGCAAAUGCAGACCCGGAACCCGAAAAGUGAGCGACUGUACCGGCGAGAAGGACACGGUGUGUGAGGUUUGUCCGGCUGGGAUGUAUUCAGGCAUGAAUUAUUACCCGAACUGCUUCACAUGCAGCAAAUGCCCAGAGGACAAAGGCAUGGAAUACGCCAAGCCGUGCACCAGGGACAGUGAUGCGGUGUGUGUGUGUAAGUCUGGGUGGUACUGCGUUUUAAACGAUGACCCUUGUACUAUGUGUGAAAGGCACACGAUGUGUUCACCUGGCAAAGGAGCUGAAAAACCAGGAACUGCUACAGAGAAUGUGAAGUGUCGUAGAUGUCUCUCGGGAACAUUCUCCAAUGAAACCAGUAGUGAGAUGUGCCAACCACACACUCGGUGUGAUCUCCAGGGCAGGACGGUGCAGCACCCCGGCAACGACAUGGCCGACACGGUGUGCGGUCCGAUCAUAACCAUGAACAGGAACCUUACAACUCCUCAGCCUCCCAUCACGACCAGGUCCGCUUCUUCACCCACAGAGUUGUCCACGGAGCCUAACGUCCGGCUGGAUCUGCACAGCUCACAAAGCAUUUCCUCUGUCUUCACAACACAGCCUCCUGACGACGUCUUUUUCGGCUUGUGGAUCGGUCUGCCUAUCAUCACGCUGCUGGUGGUUUUGCUGAUAACAGCUUUCUCUAUUCGUCACAGGAAAGCUCUGCUUAAACCGACGUUCCCCGAUGCCGCCGAAGCACGGCCGUGUAAAAGCUCAGCCCACCUCUGCAGCCCGACAGAAAACCAUGUGCUCUUAGCAGAUAGCAGCAGCAGCAGCGACCCGUCCACUUCGCUGUCCUCUGACAGCCACAGCCAGGGCACAGGAGUGAGUCAGGAAUUCCUUCAUGUCGAGCAGCCGAACGUCUCCAGCCCCGUCGUUAACCUCAGCUUCACGGCCACCAUUAAUUGCCAGGUGAACCCGGCUACUGGCUGCUGCUCCAUUCCCAUCAGCCCCUGCGUGCAGCCUCCGGAGCCUGAGUUUCCUCUUUCUCAAGAAGAAGAGCUGUGCGUGUCCUGUGAGCAGGAGGACAGUAAAGACGCCAUACAGUCAGUGCAAGAGAGUGGGAUGACUAAGUACUGAAGAUGAGGGGGAAAUCCACUGGCUCUUCUUGCACGUUAGUGCUGAACGUUUAAUCUCAGGCUGAGUGUGUGUGUUUCUGUGUGUGAGUUUCUGUGUGUGUGUGCGUGUGUGUGUGUGUGUGUGUGUGUGUGUGUGUGUGUGUUUGUGUGUCAUUACAUGGAUCUUUACUGGACAUGUGUAAAUUUUUAUUUCACACACAAACCUAUUUUGGAGUCCAGACGACAGAAAGGCCGCAAACGCACCCACACAGUUACCAUCAAUACACACAUUUAUGAAUAUGCAAAUUAAAACCCUACACAUAUCCACCAACACACUUCCCCUCAUACACUGGCACCGAACACAAAGCAGGCAAGGGUCUAUAGGCUAAGGGGAAGCCCCUUGGAAUGAUUUGUCUGAGGGCAAUGUGGAAGAAAAAAGGUCAUGGGUCAUCCUGCAAGCCGAUAGGCUUUUAGAUCGGAUGAUGCAAAUAGAUUCGUUUGCAUACAAAGAACAUUUGUGACUUUGAUUAAAUUCCCCUGAAGUGAGAAGACAGAGUUUAACCCCGUGUUACUCGAUCAAAUAAUUAAGUUCCACACCCGUGACUUUGCGCGGGUUCUCAGGUGUCCUCCAUGUCCCCGAGUCAUGCAGGAAGAUGGACUGCAUUGCACUGUUGACUUGUCCCUGGUUUUGUGAAGCGUGAAUUCAGACGUGAAUUUAAUGCAGCGUGACGAUCAACGUGGACCGGUUUGUCUCGAGAAAGACUGGAUAUAUGAUGUGCAGCUUUUAAUCAGAUCUCAGGGCAGAAUUCUCAGAGGCAUCAUCAGAACAAUCGCACCAUUGUUUCGCUCCCCCGAUGAAGACUCGGCUGUUCGAGAAUCUCCUUCCUUCCUUUUCGCUUUAAAGUGGCGACGCUUUGCCCAGACACAAUUCAGGAAAAAAGAAAAUGCCCCUUUGUUUCGAGCACCAAAUGUCAAGUAACAAGUGGGCGAGUUGCACUUUACCUACACAUUUGCUCUGAGGAAGUCUCGCACUGUAUAUAUACGAUAAGCGGAAACAUUACCACAUGUAGUUCAACGACGCCCCCCAGUGGUGAUUAGAACAUGACUGUAGAAAGGAGGAUUUAUACUGAGCGCUUUUAUUAUUCUCAAGGGACAUUAGUAAAGAUGAAUGUAAACUUUUCUCUCUGAUAUGGGUUUAAAAUCUGCGUUAUUUCUGUUUGCUUUAAUGUAAAUGUGUAGUUAGAGCAGGUAAAGAUAGAACCUUUUUUUUUUCUCUCUUUACCAACUUGUGAAGUAUCGAUCGCAUCUUCUGAGACUUUGCACCUUGAAUGUUUAAGGGGUUGAUGGGAAAUCUGUCUCAUUUCACGGAGUCAGAUUAUUUGGCACAGCUCAAUAAGAGUCAACUCUUGCAACUCAAAAACCUUUCAGUAUUAUACCACCUAUUCUUUUUCUGUGUUUGUUUUUGUUUUGUCUAACUGUGGCUGGAAUUGUGACGUUUAUCUUAUUUAAAUAAAUGUACCUUUUCACCAAUUCA